UGCCCGGGGACGCGCGCCGGCUGGUCUCUGCCCUAAUGCGGCGGCUGGCGGCAAGAGGCGCUGCAGGGAACGCCGGGGUAGUGGCAGCGCCGGCAGCCGACAGCAGGGAUUGCGCUCAGGGUCGGAACCCAGCUCUUGGAGAGUGACCCUGGGGUCUUCUUUGUGUUUGCUUUGUGACGUUGAUUGACAUAUGUGCACUUUGGGACACCGGAGGUGUCCUUCCCGCUGCAGACUGAGAGGGAGCCUCCCCUGGUGUUGCAAGAAGGAGGCUGAAUGAGGCAGAGACGCUGAGCGCUGUCCAGAGGCCGAGUUAGAGCAGCUGGAGGCAGCGAGACCCCGCGGGCCGGGGCACAGGGAGCCGCGCCCAGCGUGGAGAUGGCCAGGCCGCAGCCACCACCCUGGGUCCACGCAGCCUUCCUCCUCUGCUUCCUCAGCCUCGGAGGGGCCAUCGAGAUUCCUAUGGAUCCCAGCAUUCAGAAUGAGCUGUCCCAGCCCCCGACCAUCACCAAGCAGUCUGUGAAGGACCACAUUGUGGACCCCCGCGAUAACAUCUUGAUCGAGUGUGAAGCAAAGGGGAACCCUGCCCCCAGCUUCCACUGGACUCGCAACAGCAGGUUCUUCAACGUCGCCAAGGACCCCCGGGUGUCAAUGAGGAGGAGGUCUGGCACCCUGGUGAUUGACUUCCGCAGUGGUGGGCGGCCGGAGGAGUAUGAGGGGGAAUACCAGUGCUUUGCCCGCAACAAAUUUGGCACAGCCCUGUCCAAUAGGAUCCGCCUGCAGGUGUCCAAAUCUCCCCUGUGGCCUAAGGAAAAUCUGGACCCAGUGGUGGUUCAAGAAGGCGCCCCCUUGACACUCCAGUGCAACCCGCCGCCCGGACUUCCGUCCCCAGUCAUCUUCUGGAUGAGCAGCGCCAUGGAGCCCAUCACCCAAGAUAAGCGGGUCUCCCAGGGCCAUAACGGCGACCUGUAUUUCUCUAACGUGAUGGUGCAGGACAUGCAGACUGACUACAGCUGCAACGCUCGAUUCCACUUUACCCACACCAUCCAGCAGAAGAACCCGUUCACCCUCAAGGUCCUCACCAACCACCCCUAUAAUGACUCGUCCUUAAGAAACCACCCUGACAUGUACAGUGCCCGAGGAGUCGCAGAAAGAACCCCAACCUUCAUGUACCCCCUGGGCACUGCGAGCAGUCAGAUGGUGCUCCGCGGCAUGGACCUCCUGCUGGAGUGCAUCGCCUCUGGGGUCCCAACACCAGACAUCGCAUGGUACAAGAAAGGUGGGGACCUCCCAUCUCACAAGGCCAAGUUUGAGAACUUUAACAAGGCUCUGCGUAUCACCAACGUCUCCGAGGAGGACUCUGGGGAAUAUUUCUGUCUGGCGUCCAACAAGAUGGGCAGCAUCCGGCACACGAUCUCGGUGAGAGUAAAGGCUGCUCCCUACUGGCUAGACGAACCCAAGAACCUUAUCCUGGCUCCUGGCGAGGAUGGGAGGCUGGUGUGUCGAGCCAAUGGGAACCCCAAACCCACUGUCCAGUGGAUGGUGAAUGGGGAACCUUUGCAAUCAGCACCACCCAACCCAAACCGUGAGGUGACGGGGGACACCAUCAUCUUCCGGGACACCCAGAUCAGCAGCAGGGCCGUGUACCAGUGCAACACCUCCAACGAACACGGCUACCUGCUGGCCAAUGCCUUCGUCAGCGUGCUGGACGUGCCGCCUCGGAUGCUGUCACCACGGAACCAGCUCAUUCGGGUGAUCCUGUACAACCGGACACGGCUGGACUGCCCCUUCUUUGGGUCCCCCAUCCCCACACUCCGAUGGUUUAAGAAUGGGCAAGGAAGCAACCUGGAUGGUGGCAACUACCACGUCUAUGAGAAUGGCAGUCUGGAAAUCAAGAUGAUCCGCAAAGAGGACCAAGGCAUCUACACCUGUGUCGCCACCAACAUCCUGGGCAAAGCUGAAAACCAGGUCCGCCUAGAGGUCAAAGACCCCACCAGGAUCUACCGGAUGCCAGAGGACCAGGUUGCCAAAAGGGGCACCACAGUGCAGCUGGAGUGCCGGGUCAAGCACGACCCCUCCCUGAAGCUCACGGUCUCCUGGAUGAAGGACGAUGAGCCUCUCUACAUCGGGAACAGGAUGAAGAAGGAAGACGACUCCCUGACCAUCUUCGGCGUGGCCGAGCGGGACCAGGGCAGUUACACGUGUGUCGCCAGCACCGAGCUGGACCAGGACCUGGCCAAGGCCUACCUCACCGUGCUAGCUGAUCAGACCACUCCAACUAACCGUUUGGCUGCCCUGCCCAAAGGACGGCCAGACCGGCCCCGGGACCUGGAGCUCACCGACCUGGCCGAGAGGAGCGUGAGGCUGACCUGGAUCCCGGGGGAUGACAACAACAGCCCCAUCACAGACUAUGUUGUCCAGUUUGAAGAGGACCAGUUCCAGCCAGGAGUCUGGCAUGACCAUUCCAAGUUCCCAGGCAGUGUCAACUCUGCUGUCCUCCAGCUGUCCCCGUACGUCAACUACCAGUUCCGGGUCAUUGCCGUCAACGAGGUUGGCAGCAGCCACCCCAGCCUCCCGUCCGAGCGCUACAGGACCAGCGGGGCACCCCCCGAGUCCAACCCCAGCGACGUGAAGGGAGAGGGGACCAGGAAGAACAACAUGGAGAUCACGUGGACGCCCAUGAAUGCCACCUCCGCCUUUGGCCCCAACCUGCGCUACAUCGUCAAGUGGCGGCGGAGAGAGACUCGGGAGAGCUGGAACAAUGUCACGGUGUGGGGCUCCCGCUACGUGGUAGGGCCGACCCCUGUCUACGUGCCCUACGAGAUCCGAGUGCAGGCCGAGAACGACUUUGGGAAGGGCCCUGAGCCGGAGACUGUCAUCGGUUACUCUGGAGAAGAUUAUCCCAGGGCUGCGCCCACUGAAGUUAAAGUCCGAGUCCUGAACAGCACAGCCAUCAGCCUUCAGUGGAACCGCGUCUACUCCGACACGGUGCAGGGCCAGCUCAGAGAGUACCGAGCCUACUACUGGAGGGAGAGCAGCUUACUGAAGAGCCUGUGGGUGUCUCAGAAGAGACAGCAAGCCGGCUUCCCUGGUGACCGCCUCCGGGGUGUGGUGUCCCGCCUCUUUCCCUACAGCAACUACAAGCUGGAGAUGGUUGUGGUCAAUGGGAGAGGCGAUGGGCCUCUCAGUGAAACCAAGGAGUUCACCACCCCGGAAGGAGUACCCAGUGCCCCCAGGCGUUUCCGAGUCCGGCAGCCCAGCCUGCAGACAAUCAGCCUGGAAUGGGACCAUCCGGAGCACCCCAAUGGGAUCCUCACUGGAUAUUCUCUCAGAUAUUUGGCCUUUAAUGGAACCAAACUAGGAAAGCAGAUAGUGGAGAACUUCUCUCCUAAUCAGACCAAGUUCACGGUGCAAAGAGCAGACCCUGUGUCACGCUACCGCUUCACCCUGAGUGCCAGGACGCAGGUGGGCUCUGGGGAAGCAGUCACGGAGGAGUCACCAGCAUCCCCGAAUGAAGCUACUCCAACUGCAGCUCCUCCCACGUUGCCCCCGACCACAGUGGGUGCCACAGGCGCCGUGAGCAGUACUGAUGCUACUGCCACUGCUGCCGCCACCGAAGCCACAACAGUCCCCAUCAUCCCAACUGUUGCACCUACCACCGUUGCCACCACCGUCGCCACAACUACUGCAACCACUGCCGCCGCCGCCACCAUGGAGAGUCCUCCCGCCAUCGGGACUAAGACACACGAAUCCGCCCCCGACGAGCAGUCCAUAUGGAACGUCACGGUGCUCCCCAACAGUAAAUGGGCCAACAUCACCUGGAAGCACAAUUUCGGGCCCGGAACUGACUUUGUGGUUGAGUACAUCGACAGCAACCAUACGAAAAAAACUGUCCCUGUUAAGGCCCAGGCCCAGCCUGUGCAGCUGACAGACCUCUAUCCCGGGAUGACAUACACAUUGCGAAUUUAUUCCCGGGACAACGAGGGCAUCAGCAGUGCCAUCAUCACCUUUAUGACCAGUACAGCUUACACCAACAACCAGACCGACAUCGCCACCCAGGGCUGGUUCAUUGGGCUCAUGUGUGCCAUCGCCCUCCUGGUGCUGAUCCUGCUCAUCGUCUGCUUCAUCAAGAGGAGUCGCGGUGGCAAGUACCCAGUGCGAGAAAAGAAGGAUGUUCCCCUUGGCCCUGAAGACCCUAAAGAAGAGGAUGGCUCAUUUGACUACAGCGAUGAGGACAACAAGCCCCUGCAGGGGAGCCAGACGUCCCUGGACGGCACCAUCAAGCAGCAGGAGAGUGACGACAGCCUGGUGGACUAUGGCGAGGGCGGCGAGGGCCAGUUCAACGAGGACGGCUCCUUCAUCGGCCAGUACACGGUCAAAAAGGACAAGGAGGAGACCGAAGGCAACGAGAGCUCGGAGGCCACGUCGCCCGUCAACGCCAUCUAUUCUCUGGCCUAAUGGAGGCCCCCAGGCACCGCCACGACUUUGCAAGUGGGGAGAGAAGAGAUGGCGGGACAGAGCCACCACCUUCAGGGACAAGGGUACAAUGUGGGGGUCUGCCAAGCUGUGAGGACCACCGACCACCCAGCCAACCACAAGCCCCCUCCCAAUGACCCCACACGCCUGGGUGCCGUCUGUGUGGGAGAGCUAGACCCACGGCCAAGCUCAGUUGGAGGGAGCCCGAGCCCCUUGCUCAGCCUCACAGGCACCCUGAGCCUUCCUCCCACACUGCCUGCCCUUGACCUUGACACUCACUCACCACUUUCUGUUGAUUCUGGUACUUCUCAUUGUCUUUAUUUUUGCUCUAUGCAUCUUCUCCUCCAGACCUAAUGUCUCCCUUUAUUUUCCUUUUGAAAUAUCCCUGGAAAAAAAAAUUGGCGGAUUAAUCCGUCCCCUCACCCCCUGAAAACUGCAAAGAUAGGCAAAGAAGUUUGGUCCAUAAAAGAACACAGGGGAAAGCUGCAGUAUUCACACCACGCCGGGCCCAUGUAUUUCCGAAGGAUGCCUUUCUCGCCAUAUGCCUCCCUGUGCCCACAGCCCGUCCACCUCAGCCUUGCCACUUGCUGAGCUGGGCUUGGCUCCUUUCUGGAAAAAUGACAGUAUUUUUGGCAGGGAGAGGGGGGACAGGGCACCUCGCCUCGCUCUGGCUCAGGUGGGAGGUGGGCUUCCCUCUUGCUCCUCGCUCUUCCCCUGCCCCACCCUCCAGAGUGUCCGAGACGAGAGCUGCACCGACUCCCACGAGGGAGCGUGGGGCGCAAGAACGGGCACUGGUGGGAGGGGCUCCGACUCCAGUGACCGGUACCUCAAGCAGCAGAAAACCAGGCAUCUGGUUCCUGGGGAGCUACACUCGCCUCAAGACAGGAGAAAAAGACUGGGUUUGGACUCCUUCCUCCCCAUCAGUGAAACUCAGGGUGUAGGAGUGAGGGCCACACCCACUGCACCCAGGGUACAGGGUGCCCCCUGCCUGGUCAGGGGUCGGCGCUGCUGCCUCGAGGAGAUGGAGCCCUGUGAUGCAGAAGCCUUGCCGGUGCGUCUGGGAGCGUGAAGCACUGCGCCCCUUGGACCUCCCGCAGGCGCCAUCUCUUCGGUCAGCUCCGUCAGGUUGGGGCCCAUGCAGACGGGGCCCUGCUGAGGCUGAGACUGCGCUGGCGUCCUUUCCUAUCAGGGGGCCCGGCAGGGCCGCUGCCCUGACAGUGCUGUGAAGCCUGGCCUGGAGGACUCGGCGCUCUUCGUAUGCCUUAUGCAACUCUGCUCUGUCCCUGCGGUUCCCAGGUCCCCAGCCCCUUCCCGCAAGCCUUGAAGCCUCCAGCGACGUCUGUCUCAAGGGAUACGGGGCGGCCUAUGCAAGCGUCACAGCAGAACCAGAAGCACCACUUGACACAAGCCCUGCAGCCGUUGCCCCCGGCGGAGACACGCGCAGACCUGCAGUUCUCAGUGACCGAAGGCGCGGCCUUCAUCCACCCCACCUAAUCCACUUUUGAAACCAAAGGUACCUAGUCUCAGAGGAGGGAGAUCUGGAGCCCAAGAGUAAUCCUGUAGCUGCAGCUUGCGUCGAUUUCAGGAGGGGGAAGCUGACCCCAGUAAUGGGCCACCUGCCACAGACACAGCCGCUGAGUUGGGUCUCCAGCCGCUUGCCAGGGGACCUGGGCGGGAAUGGAGCUACGUCCUUCAGAGACUUGAGGAAAGCAUCACUUGCCACGUGUUUAAGCCACAAAGGUGUUAGCAGUGCUUAUGUCACUUCAUAAGCAGUCAGUGAAGGUCACGCCCAUCGAUACACAUACUCUGCCUGCGGAAAAGAAACCAUAGCCCAGAGCUCAGCCAACUACAUUGUUUGAACCUGAGAGCAAGUAACUGUCUUUUGGCCUUAGCCUUGGUCAGGUUCGCUGCCUAGAAGCCCAAGGAGCAGAUCUCAUGGUGACAGGGACCAGGUCAAUAGCAGGGGGCUGGAGGGUGUGUUCAGGGGUCCCAUUGCCUGGCUUGUUCUGACCUCUGCCUGGACACAGCUGGGCACUCCCGUGGCCCAGGGUCCUCGAGGGACUGCCGGGGAAGUGUGCCUGCGAGCCGCAGGAAAGACCGACCUUUUCAGAAAACACUGGAUCUGCGCCAGGCAGCCAGUUUCUCAGGCUCUGAGUCCAUGCUGCGCCUUGUGCACUAGUGAACUUAAUUGCGCUGAAAACAGUCUCUUAGGACUCAGAGAAGGACUGCAGGAGGUCACCGUGCCCCUCCCCUGCCUCUAGAAGGCCUGCCGCACGCUGAUGACCAGGGAGGGCCUUCUGCCACCACUGGGUCUCGGGAGGGGGGUCCGUCUUCGCUCCUCGUUCCCAACGUGCCCAGCUGUGCACCAUCCCUCGUGGCGUGUGAAGAUAGUGCUGUUGGCCCCAUCAGGAGGCGGCCCACACCACCCUGCCUCCACAGCCCUCCUGGCAGGUGAGAGCACACCUGGGCCUGAAGAACCGAGCUGUUCCCAAGCAAAGGUGGCAGGUCCUUAGAGAGGUGUGUGGGCUGCAGUGUUAGGGUUAGGGAGGCAGCCCUUCCGGGGAGAAGGAAGUCCACUUUUCACAGCACCAUGCCGGAGUCCGCCCAGCUCAGCAGGAGAGCAGUAUUGUCCCGCGCUCCCCGCCAGCUGGGGCUCUCAGGCAACCCCCCAAAAUACCCACCAGUGCAGGAAAGGGAGAUACCAUUAGAGCUUCGGCCCAUCCGGCUAGGGGACCCAGGCUGGGGGGUGGUGGGGGGAGAAGUACAGGUCCCCUCUCACAAUGACCAGAAGUCCCAUUGCUGUGCAUGCCCCGGGGCAAGAGUUGUGGCUUCGUCUGUCCGCUGAUUGCUCAGUAUCCACCCUUGAACAGCUGGUGUGAGCCAGGCUCAGAGCCCUGGAGGCCAGGGUGAAGAGUCUGGUGUGGCCCCUGCCCUCUCAGGGCUGCCAGUCCUGGACCCGAGUCUUGGGACACAGUGGCAUUGAUUGGGAGCACUCUGAGCAUGUGAACUUCCAGUGGCCCCAGGCUGGAAGGGAGAACCUUCAGCGGGAGAAUCGGUCUAUAAGGCUGAGCAAGACAGGGCAUCCAAGCUCUGGGGGGAGGGGGGGGCGGCAGUGGAGGAGCAGCCCUGCAUCCUGAGCCUCUGCUCUGCCCCCCCAGGGCAAGGGGCUUAAGCUGUCUGUAUUUUCAGUGCCUCGGUCUCCCCUAUUCAGUCCCUCCUUGAAUGCCUCUCUCCACAGAGACAUGGCCCCACCUGAGGAGCCAGGAGGCUUGUGCCUGGGGAGCCUUCCACAGCAAGGCCCAGGGACAGCUGCCUCCCACCUCGCUUGGCUUAUGGAAAAUGGGACCUGUUCUUUCUUACGUUGCUUUUGGGGAGAGGGCUGAGUUUAAGCUAAAGGGAAGACCAAACUGGCUCCUUCCUUUGUCCAUUGCCUUUGCUGUGAGGUGUUGGAAGUAUCUGGUCCACCCCUUUCCUAGCAAACCAGGUCCGGAGAAGGGCCCGCCUGCCUGCGCGGCCGCCAGUGCCAGCAUUGCUCACCUGCAAGGGCUGUCUGCCGCCUGGGACCAGAGAGCUUCAUUGUUUCCCCGAACACGCUUGGCCUUAGCAAAGGGACAGAAACAGAUCCAAGAGUAUCUGGCUUCCCGGCUGAGGGACUGCCUCUCCCCACCCACACCCAGCACCCUCACAAGGGCUCGCCUGCACGUGGGCACACACACAGCAGAGAGAGACCGCAUUGCAGGACGGCUGCGCAGAAGGAACGGUGCAGAGUAUGGCGGUGCCUUGGAGAGGCCGAGCCCACACCCUGGCCCACUUGAGACAAGAUGUGAAGGGCUGUGUGGGGCUCAGCGCCCGAUUCAGGGCAGAGGAAAGGCUGCCCAGGCUGGGCCCGUUUGGGUGAUUCCAGAGGGCAACAGGAAGAGAGAACAAGUCCGAUGCAAGGGAGAGUGAACCUUUCCCAGGAACAGCACAAGCAGUGGCUCUUUAAGGCUCCCGGGGCCCUUUGCAAACUCAGGGCCGAGUCCCAGAGCAGCACAAACAGCUCCAUGACUGAGCAGGGGUUCGACAUGCUUCUGCCUUUGCCUUUACAAGGCUCAUUCGCUAACACUGACGAACUGAGACUCCUUGGUUCUUGGUCCCCAGGGGCCGGGGCUGGGGAGCCCCUUCUGGGGGGGGGGGGGGCAAGUGGCUGUGAUACAGGCACAGAGCACUCUUCCCCCAUCAUGACACCUUGAUCAUGACCCCGGGAGAGUCUGCCAAGCACACAGUUAGGGCCCCUAGAAAGAAAUCCCCCGUGGAUCCUGGUUGAACUUCGCAGGGUGACUAGGAGUAGCAUGUAGGAGGCGUCUGACCUUUUUUAAGUCAGAGUCAAACAGCUUGACGUGUCAGGAGAUUCAGUGUUCUGGGCAGCGCGCAGCCCCUGGGUAGCCCCCAGCCUGCCUGGCCCAAGCCAGAGCAGCACCCGUCCCUCCCUCCACUGGGAACAGGCCUUCCCGAGACAGGCACAGGGAAGGGUCAGCGGGAAAGGCGCACAGCCACCCAGGGAGGCCGCACCCAACCAGUGCUCCCCUACCAGUGUGUUAGUAUUAAGUGGUGUUCCCUGAUGGGAAGGAUGAACAUGAACCAGAUGGAAAGGCGUCUAGCACAGGAUCAGGUUCAGAUUUCAGCACGUGAAGGAGUCCAGAGCUGGUCUGAUUGAAAUGACUCCUCGUGCAGACAAGGGCAGUAAAACCCGGACAGGUGGGGGGACUUGCCCAAGGUCACACAGCCAGUAAAUGGAGGUGAGGUCACGGCUUGAGCACGGGCCCCAUCACUCCUUUUCUAGUGUUCUUGCACCUCCUCCAGGCGCCUCCUUGGAAACAGGCAUUACUUAACUGUCCUUCCAGUUCGCCCUCUGUACCCCUUCACCCCUCUCUCCACAUCCCCGUAUCCUCCCAAAGUGGGAGACACAAAGGAUUUUUCUGAGUCCAGGGUCAGUCAGUGUGUGGUAGCCUGUGGUGUUCAGGGCAGACCCAGGCCAGGAGAAGGGUGACGAGGGAGCUGGCGUUUGUCACUGUGAAGCCUAGACUUGUAACACAUCGGCCCCCCAGCAUGCUGUGCCCCUUGAAAGUGAGGGUGUGAAGGGCUCUCUGUCCACUCCACCCUUGGCCUCGAGGGGCAGCGGGGCCCGUGAAGCCCCGCCAUGCUGGGGUCUGCUGGGCCGCGGUUCAGCACAUGCAGAGACUUCGGUGAAGCAAUAACACAAAAAUCUGGGACGAGCAACCCGGAACUUUGUGCACUGCUCUGUUUCUUUUUCUAAAAUGAUGCAGAUCAGAUGCCCCCGCCCUGCUGCUCUUUUUUCUGAUCCCAAUGCCACGUCCUCAGUCAGUGUUGGCCCUCCGCCCAGCUCCUGCGCACCCCUUCUGAGCUGCGCGUCGGUUGCCUGCGACGUGCCGCCUUCCAUCCUGGUCCCACCCCCACCCACGCCGGGCCAUCCCAAUUGGUUCCUUUCGGUGGGAAAAGGUUUUCCCAGUGUCUCCAUCCCUUCUCACCUGUGCGCACACCCCACGUCUGAUCUGUUUCCCAUUGGUUAAAUACCUAACUCGCUGUGGCAGACAUUGUUUUAACCCCUCUCACAUCGUGUCCUUCCCUUUUGUGAGUUAUUUUGCAUUAACCAGCGCUGUCAGCCACAGAUGCAUCUCUGAGGGUGUCGCGCACGACCUUCAGCAGGGAAGACGCCCGGGCCGUGGAGGACCGUCUAAUACAUGGACUUAUACACUGACUGCAUGAGCAAAGAAAAGGCCAAAUUAUUCAGAAUUUUUUUUGAACCACUGUAAAAAAAAACACUGAUUUCUUUUGUAUAGAGAACACUAAACGUAUAAUAAAAGUUGUUCAAAAUGGA